AUGACACAAGCACGUCGGAGUAAGAUCAGUCCUCAUAAAAAGCCAAGACGACGCUACUCGCACGCCGUAAAGCGCGACAUGAUCAUCAAGAUGCAAGACACCAGCUCAACCUCCAUCGGCCUCAAUGGAGCAGGCCGACCCGAAGAAAUUCCUGACACCGACGCACUGACCGCGUACAUGCUAGCGUACAUGCUAAACCUGCGCGAGGCUGAAGUACGCGCCGACGGCUCCAAGCUUCCAAUACUCUUCAUUAUGCGUGGCAUGCCUGGUGGCCUGAUUGAAAAGACUGAGUUCGAUGACUUUCCUAUUGGACACUUCUACGCCGUUCAGCAGCGCGCGUGGAUGGAUAGGCUGGAUGCAUUGUUGCCCCGAUUCCUCCGAAUGCGACCAGUGCCGUUCAGCCGCUUGAUGUUGGGCGAUGAUGACGAAGACAUUGACCUUAUGACGAUGUCUGCCCAGAUGAAGCGCUUGGCCAUGUUGAAAUUGGAGAUGGCAGACAAAGGCAAGAAGCGCAAGGCGAGCGAAAUCGUCGAGGAUGCCGACGACAGCGCGGAAGAGGCCGAAGCGCCGGCGCCACAAGUGGAGGUAGUGGACUUCACAGCCGAGUCGGACGACGAAAACGGAGUGGCGCCGACCGAGGAUGCAGCCGAGGAGGCGCAGCGCAUGGCCGACUGGGAGGCCGCGAAGCGCAAACGGAUGGGCCAGCUGGAGUAG